AUGUUGUUUUUGACAUCUUGUGCCACCUUGUCAGAGAAUAUCAGAAGGAUUUUCCCAAAAGAUACAGAACAAUCACCAGCUGAAUAUACCUUCAAAUUAGUAUGUACCAGCUGUAGAGAGGAGCACGAUUCCCCUAUUAGAAUCAAUAGGUUUGAAUCUCAUGACAUGCCUGGAAGUAAAGGAAAUGCCUCGUUCGUGAUGAAAUGUAAAUUUUGUGGCAAUGAGUGUUCAAUAAACUUGACCAGGACUAAGGAAGACUUAUAUAAUUUAGAUGAAGAAUCUAAUUUCGAAUUGAUUGAACAGGGUAAAAAGGACAGAAAGAAGGUUGGCUUACGUUCUGUUCCUGUGGAAAAAGCUGUUUGGCUCGAGCUUGACUGCAGAGGAUGUGAAGUAACUAAAUUUGAACCUGCUGACACUAUUUUUGUAGCUGAACUAGUUUCGAAGAAGGAAAUGGAGUUUCAGUUUGAAGACGACGAAAACGAAUGGUAUGAUUAUGAUGACGAUGCUGGAGAAGAAGUGAGCGUAGUAGAUAUGAACUUUGAAAUUGUAAAAGGCAAAUAA